CUGAGUCUGCCUCAUACACUCCUAGAGGACCGCCUCCAGAAUAGAGUUCUUUUCGCCCCUUCCUCCUUCUCCCAGCUCCUCUCCUGGCCUUUCUACCCGCUCAAUACAAUGCACACUCGAGUGGCAGCCCCAGAGAACUGAAGCAAAGCAAAGACAGAGGACUGGAGCGAAGACACUUCUGGUGGGGAAGCUUGGAUGCCUGGCUUUCUUUGAGGUCAUCUUUGGAACAAGGGUGGCUUUGGGGUGGAGGGUCGUGCUGCAGGGAACCCAGCCAGGCCCCAAGAUGGACACUUCUGGGCACUUCCAUGACUCAGGGGUGGGGGACCUGGAUGAAGACCCCAAGUGUCCCUGUCCAUCCUCUGGGGAUGAGCAACAGCAGCAACAGCAACCGCCACCACCGCCAGCGCCACCAGCAGUCCUCCAACAGCCUCCAGGACCCUUGCUGCAGCCUCAGCCUCCGCAGCUUCAGCAGCAGCAGCAGCAGCCGCAGCAGCAGCAGCAGCAGCAGCAGGCUCCACUGCAUCCCCUGCCUCAGCUUGCUCAACUCCAGAGCCAGCUUGUCCAUCCUGGUCUGUUGCACUCCUCUCCCUCGGCUUUCAGGGCUCCUACUUCGGCCAACUCCACCGCCAUCCUCCACCCUUCCUCCAGGCAAGGCAGCCAGCUAAAUCUCAAUGACCACUUGCUUGGCCACUCUCCAAGUUCCACAGCCACAAGUGGGCCUGGUGGAGGCAGCCGGCACCGGCAGGCCAGCCCCCUGGUGCACCGGCGGGACAGCAAUCCCUUCACCGAGAUAGCUAUGAGCUCCUGCAAAUACAGCGGUGGGGUCAUGAAGCCCCUCAGUCGCCUCAGCGCCUCUCGGAGAAACCUUAUCGAGGCCGAGCCUGAGGGCCAACCCCUCCAGCUCUUCAGUCCCAGCAACCCCCCAGAGAUUGUCAUCUCCUCCAGGGAGGAUAACCAUGCCCACCAGACUCUACUCCACCACCCCAACGCUACCCACAACCACCAGCAUGCUGGCACCACUGCUGGCAGCACCACCUUCCCCAAAGCCAACAAGCGGAAAAACCAAAACAUUGGCUAUAAGCUGGGACACAGGAGGGCCCUGUUUGAAAAGAGAAAGCGACUGAGUGACUAUGCUCUGAUUUUUGGGAUGUUUGGAAUUGUUGUUAUGGUGAUAGAGACCGAACUGUCUUGGGGUUUGUACUCAAAGGAUUCCAUGUUUUCGUUGGCCCUGAAAUGCCUUAUCAGUUUAUCCACCAUCAUCCUGCUGGGUUUGAUCAUCGCCUAUCACACGAGGGAAGUCCAGCUCUUUGUGAUCGACAAUGGUGCGGAUGACUGGCGGAUAGCCAUGACCUACGAGCGCAUCCUCUACAUCAGCCUGGAGAUGCUGGUGUGCGCCAUCCACCCCAUUCCUGGAGAGUACAAGUUCUUCUGGACCGCACGCCUGGCCUUCUCCUACACCCCUUCUCGGGCAGAGGCGGAUGUGGACAUCAUCCUGUCCAUCCCCAUGUUCUUGCGCCUGUACCUGAUCGCCCGAGUCAUGCUGCUGCACAGCAAGCUCUUCACCGACGCCUCCUCCCGAAGCAUCGGGGCCCUCAACAAGAUCAACUUCAACACUAGGUUCGUCAUGAAGACGCUCAUGACCAUCUGCCCCGGCACGGUGCUGCUGGUGUUCAGCAUCUCUCUGUGGAUCAUCGCCGCCUGGACCGUACGCGUCUGCGAAAGGUACCACGACCAGCAGGACGUGACCAGUAACUUUCUGGGCGCCAUGUGGCUCAUCUCCAUCACGUUCCUGUCCAUUGGUUACGGGGACAUGGUGCCCCACACAUACUGCGGGAAAGGUGUCUGCCUUCUCACUGGCAUCAUGGGUGCAGGUUGCACUGCCCUUGUGGUGGCUGUGGUUGCCCGCAAGCUCGAACUCACCAAAGCAGAGAAGCACGUUCACAACUUCAUGAUGGACACUCAGCUCACCAAACGGAUCAAGAAUGCCGCUGCCAAUGUCCUGCGGGAAACAUGGCUAAUCUAUAAACACACAAAGCUUCUAAAGAAGAUUGACCACGCCAAAGUCAGGAAACAUCAGAGGAAGUUCCUCCAAGCGAUCCACCAACUGAGGGGUGUCAAGAUGGAACAAAGGAAGCUGAGUGACCAAGCCAACACCCUGGUGGACCUUUCCAAGAUGCAGAAUGUCAUGUACGACCUAAUCACGGAACUCAAUGAUCGGAGCGAAGACCUAGAGAAGCAGAUCGGCAGCCUGGAAGCCAAGCUGGAGCACCUCACGGCCAGCUUCAACUCCCUGCCCCUACUCAUCGCAGACACCCUGCGCCAGCAACAGCAGCAGCUGCUCACUGCCUUCGUGGAGGCCCGCGGCGUCAGUGUGGCGGUGGGAACUAGCCACGCACCUCCCUCUGACAGCCCGAUCGGGAUCAGCUCCACCUCCUUCCCAACCCCAUACACAAGUUCAAGCAGUUGCUAAAUAAAACUCCCCACUCCAGAAGCAUUACCCAUAGGUCUUAAGAUGCAAAUCAACUCUCUCCUGGUCGCUUUGCUAUCAAGGAAGUUUCAGACCAGGGAACAGAAGGAAGAGAAGUGGAGCUGAUGAGCUAAUUCACAUUCUUUCGACGUGCUUGGUUCGAUUUGCCUUGAAACCAGACGUCUAAUCUCUGUUUAGGUGCCUCUACUUGGGAGCUGGAAGAGGAGGUGACUGGAAGCAACGCCUCUGUCAGGGCCCUUGCUGCAGAGCUGGCGGAGGACAGAAAGCCCUACUCAAUCUCAGGUUUUCACAGGGAGGUGGGGAGGGGCAGCCACUCUGAGGCAGCUGAAAGUGAAGUCAGCCAAAGUGGGGUGCAUUGGGCAAGGGUGGUAUCAGGUUUGAGAAAUGAACUCCUGGCUGCCUUGGGUCCUUAGAGGUGUCUCUCUCAUCCUUUUGUCCAAGGAAGCCCCUGGGUGGUAAAAGUAAAAAGAGAGCUGCCCAGAACUUUCCAAAAUGGACAUAGCCAAAUUAGAUUGGGGGGGGGGUGGCAUAGACAAAUGAAAAGCCAGAUUUUCCACCCAAUAAUACUAUUGAACACACACACACAGAGAGAGAGAGAGAGAGAGAGAGAGAGAGAGAGAGAGAGAGAGAGAGAGAGAGAGAGAGAUGUUCCAUCCAGAUCCUUUUGUCUUUGAGUUGAGCCCAAUGAAAGGGACCUGAUUCCUUGCUGUGCACACAGUGAGGAAGGUCUAAAUCUGCAUUGAGACGAAGUGUGAGGUGUGUUUGGUAGAAGUUAGCAGGUACUGGCCACAUUCUAUGUCACUGAAGAUUCAGGUCCCUCCUCCACAAUGUCCUAGACGCACACCUUGCCUGAUUCUAGUGUAUGCCAUCCCCAAACUGUUGGCAUUCUGGAGAGAGAAGCAGAUGUCUAAAAAUAGCAGUUUCCAAGAGUUUUCUUCCAGCCAAAUAAGCUGUGUCUGAUGGGCCCUGCGUUCUCAGGUGUCUGUAUGUGGGAGACGAGAGUGUGCCCGAUGCCACCGUAGUGAACAGAACCGCUGUCCGGGCUUUGUUGAGGUAUCAUCACCCAGAUGUAGGAGCGUGAAAGGGCCAGUUGCUGAGUUGGGCGAAGGAUGGAGAAUGUUCCUGUGGUCGCCUCUACCUUACCUGGACUCACCUCAAAAUGAGACACUGUGAGAGCACAGGGAGCCCCAGGACGUGCGUAAAUGAGGGGUUCAUUUGUUAGAAGCCUGUUUCUGUUCUGUCAUGUUCAUCUUGCAGCGAAAACUACUCCACUGAAUCUCAAAGCCCAUAGACUCCAGAACCAUCUAGAUCCAGGCUAGGGAUAGGCGCUCGGCUUGCUUCACUGCCCCGUGGUCUGACCAUACACAGCGUCUGGGAGGUGAGAACUGCUGGUUAUCACUUUCCCCAUUCUGACGUCUUUGAUUUCUGCUUGUAAGAAGUUAUGUAUGGAACAGUUCAUCUGUCUUUGCUAGAACAAAGGGGUGUUAUCUGUGUUUGGUUGCUAUCUUGAGAAUAGCCCUGUGAGCAGCUAUUAUGGCCAUCCCGGAGGCACUCCUCACUGUGUGGGUUUUUCUUGUGCAAUGCUGGUCCUGGUCCUGUUAGGUCAGGGAUGGCUGGAUGUUAAGGUGGAUAACUGUGGCGUGGAGAUCACUCGGCUUUUUUGCUCAGUCUCUUGUACGUCGUACUGUCUUGCUGUCUUGUGCUUUGUUUUGCAGUGCUGGAGAGCAGACCUGCGGCCUCAUGUAUGCUAGGCAAGUGUGGUUCCCCUCACCCACACCCCAGCCUGCUGCUGUUGUCUUAAUGGCCUAUCUUCCUAAUGGCCUAUCUUCAUCUCUCCCCUGAGCCUUUUCAUUAGCUGUUUUGCACACCAGAGAGGCCACAUUUGUCGUUAGUGUUUAAUUCUUUCUACUUGUUCUUUUAAUUAUUAAUUAUCUAAAAGAUUAUUUUUAUCCCAAGAAUGGUAUUGCUGUUUUCAGUUUAAACCAAACCGACAGGCACGCAUACAAAUAGAUGAGAUAGCCAUGCAGCUCCCCUGCGGCAUUGGUUGCAUUUCGCAGAAUGAAGGCUCCUGAUGGGCCCACUUCUUGCUCAUUUGGCCUAGAGCCCUGGACUGGUUUUCUCUGGUCUCCCCUUGCAUCCUGCUGUGAUCUUGUGCAGGGUGGGCACGCAUGGCACAGCUCGAGGUUAGUCUCCAUUUCACACAAAUGACUUGUGAGAUUCCACUGCCUCUCCUGCCUUGUGUCCAUCCUGGUCUGGACAUUGUCUGAAAUCUGUCUCUUUGUUGAUUUUCUUGCUAAGUAAACCCUGGAGACUAAGCUGGCAAUGCUAAUCCAGAGAAUGGCUGGAGUUGUUUCCAGGAGGGUACCACUAGCAUCGGAGAGACAUGUGGGCGUAUUUGUAGGGUAGCCUGGCCUAUUGAAAGUGCAGUGACUGUGUGUGGUUUUAUCUCUAGCGAAAGAAUAUACCUCGUAAAAAGUGACAGGAAUCUGAAGGUUGGUUCUGCAACGACAAAUGAACUGCCGCUUCUGUCCUAGUCUUUCCGCUCGACACGGGAAGUAACACUUCUCUUGCAAAUACAAUCAGCCCUCCAUGGCCUAGGUAUCGGGGAUCCUGGUUAUAGCUCACGCAGAUAUAUUCCUGCAUCUUUUUCCCACAUCACCUGAGUAUCUCCAACAGUAGGGAAGGAGGCUAACAGACCCGAUGGCUGUAUGUUAGUGGGACAAGUUUGAGUCUCAAGAGUGGGCUGCGUAUUCAAACCGUGAAUUACUGUAAUGUUGUUACUCUAGCCCUGAACUGGUCGAAUUCCACCCACUCCUGGAAGACUGGCCAAUGGCAGAGGCCUUCCUGCUAUCCUUCAGGAAUGCAGCAGCAUAUGGAAGCGCUCCAAUAUUUCCCCCAAAUAUCUGGACACUUGAAUUAAAAACCUAGAGCCACCCUCUCAUUGCUUAAGCCAUAUUAUAGCUUCAUGUACUGUGAAGUCAGGGAUGUACUGUGAUACUCCAAGACCACUGAGCUCAGUGGGGUUCGGGACAUAGCAUCAGCUGGUCAUUUACACCCAGCUAGAAGCCCGUUCCUUCUUAGAUUGAAAUCCAAAUAAAAAUCCGCACCUUUGGCUCAAAGGCCACGCAUGCGAUCAUUAUCACUAAAUUGUCAUGAAGUGUCUGAGAGCCAUUUUUACCACCUUCAGAAUGUCUAACUCCAUGACAUCAUGUCUUGAUAUGAUCCAAAAGAUUGCGAGGGGCAUAGCCAUGAGUCACCAGCGAUUGUGAUCCCAGUAGGGUCCAGCGCUGUAUGUAACAACAAUCUUGUAAAUUAGAUGUAGAAACUGUACAUGAAACUUAGUUCUUAAGUGCUUAGCAAGUUAUUAAAGGCCAAGAAAGGGCAUUGAAAAAUGAUGAUUUUAAUGUAUUUAGAGAUCUUCCCCUUCACUUUGCAGUAAUCUCCUUGCAAAGAAGUCAUGAGAAAAAGAAAACUGGGGAUACAUACAAAAUCAGAAUAGAGAAAAUGGUGAGACUGGAGUCGCAUGUCUGGCCAGUAUGUCUUGGUUUGUGUGUAUUUCAAGGUGAAGAUGAAUUAAUAAUUCAGUUCAAAGUAUUUGGCAAAGGACAAAUGAGAGCGCUGCUGUCAGCACGGCAGUACUGACUGGCUAAUCCACACUUAGAUGUUAUAUCUGAGUGUAGGGAAAGUUAUCAAAAGGGAAUCAGGGCAAAAUACGGGGUGUGUGCAUAGUUCUGGAAGCCCCCCUCCUCUGGAGUGUGACAAACAGUGUUUCAUCUCCAAACAGCCAGCCAGGCUGCUGCUGGAGAAGCCCAGUGGCGACGUCACUGCCCUUCCUUGGCUACUGCUCUGACAUGCUCACACAGACCCUUUCUCAUGGAGCCACUCCACUGCCCCAAACUUCUAGAUGCAGAUUAAGGAUCCAUUCGUGGUCAUUUUGCUGUCCCUGUUGACUCCAUGGCCUUUGGUUUCAGUCCCUUAGACAGCGAUCUGCAGGCUUCCUGGCAGCCAUGAACAGUCCCUUCUCUACCCUUUAGUCAGUUGACUUGAUCAUGCCUUGGGUAGUAUCCCUUCCUUCUCUACUACUGCCAAAGCAAACAUCUGGGGAGUGGGAUUAUAGCUAGCCCUAAGACGGGGGAGCAGAGGGGUAGCAAUAGUGUCCGCCUGUGGUAGCAGGAAGCUUUCACAAGGCUGCAUGAAUAGUCACUGACAGUUAACCCUGGCAGACAAGGAAUACGUAGAUUUUUAUUGAGUUAGGCCACAUCUUAUGAACGAGUGCUCUGUGCAGCCAACAGAGGGGAUCAUAACUGCGAUCUUUUUGUCUUACGCCCUUACUGGAAGCACUCAAACAUAAACUGGAGUUCCCUCUGAACAACGUGUCAAAUCUUCAACAGACCACCUCCAAACCAGGUGCCACGCGCCUUGCCACAGUUGUUUACACACCGAAAAACGUAUUCUGGAAACUGUGACCAAUCAAGCUGGUGGAGGAAAAGCACAAACUUCAAUACCAACCUCUAGUUAAGAUCCCAAAGAAAUGCUGACAUUUCUGGCAAAAUAAAUAAAUAAAAUAAAAAAUAAAUAGGAACAGUGGCAAAUAAAAAACACAACCAAAUCUGACGGAACAGCCGACAUCCAGCUUCCCGGAUGGAUCCCGACCAGGGCUGAUCCACCUUCAUCAUACCUGGAGUUUAAAUGGCGCAAUGACGUGACGGAUUUAGUCCCAGACUCUCCAUUCUGUGCUGGCCACGCGAGAACAAAAGCGAGCGAUAGGAUGUUGAUGGAGGAGCCAUUUUCAUAGCAAACUCAGAAAUGGAAGUGUUUAUAUUCCAGACUAGACGGGCUUCAGUAUGAAUUUGCAUCUUGCCUCUGUACUGCUUGCUAUUUUUUAACGAUAGGAGAAAGCAUAACAGUUUAUUUUAAAUAUGAAAUAUAUUGCUAUAUUAUGAAAUAUAUUGUAACUUUCGAUUAACAUUUUGUAUCAAGCUAGUCUUUAGCAGGCUGAGUGACAGCCUGCUUUCCUAACGACUGUUUCUGAGUACACAUCGCUCUUAGUGGUUGCCUGACCCCCAGGCCCAGGUCCUGGUUCCACAGCGUGCCGGACGGCCAUAUCCUCAUUCUCCAAGACUGAGUGAGUAGUAGAGACAAAAAUAGCCGUGACAGGAACUUAGAAAAAUCUUUCCACCCCCAGUUCUAUCAAGCCAUUUCAGAAGUGAUGGUUAAACCCCCCCUUCAGGAGCUGUCAGCCAGUUUAGUACAAGCGUAGACUCUUUCCAUCUAAAUGCAAAGGGCCCAUUCUGUAAAUUAUUGCCUCGGGCACAGCCAACCACCUUUCCUCUGGCAAUAUCAGAAUUAGGCAUUAAAAAACAGUCUUGUUUACUUUGCCUCAAAAUACUCAAAAUUCUUAGCGUUGAGUUUUUCAGUGUAAGAGGGCAACCAAGAUUAGAAUUCUCUGCAGGCAGGACCCAGUGAGAAGUGAAUGUGCCCUUCUCUGAGCUGGCAGUCUCUCUGGGGGAUCAAGGUUUCUGCUGUUUGUCAUUGGCGCCUGAGGAGGAGACAGAGUGUGCACAGAGACCCACAGAAAGCCAGCUUCCUUGUCUGCUAUCUACUCUCGCUGGGAGGAGGUGGGUCUGACCACCGCAUUUCCCCUAAGCGGCUCACGAAACCCAUUCCCUCCUCACCACAGCACCCGAGACACACGUAGAGUUUCAGAGUUCCUUUCUUUGAAUUGCCAGGGUCUUAUCCUGUACCAAAGUGGAUGAAGGAAGUCUUCCAUAAGUCCACACGUCUCCCGUGAGGACCUUGCUUCCGGCCAUCACUCCUACAGAACACUGGACAGGUAUAGACCAAGUAGCAUCAGUGGAGAGUUACCUGCCUGCCUCUUCCCUUCACCAACUCUAGAAAUGCACGCAGAUCCACAGAGCAUGCAAGACCAUAGGACAAGAUUCUAGAAAUUUCCAAGUCUCCCUGAAUUUCAGCCUAGAUAGGGCUCGGGCCUCCACGGCACCUGUUAGUCAUGCCCAAUGGCAGGCAAGUGUCUAAAUGCCCGGCACCAAUCGGCUGGGGAAGCCAGGGCUAUCUGUGUGCGCAAGUCAUGUUUGUUUCUCUCCGUGUCUGCAUUGCUCCUCGGUUAUCUGCUAGGCUGAGCUUCAUUAAAGCCAUCAGAACUGCAGGGCACCUGUUUUUAACACAUUUCUUACUCACUGGGCAAUGGAAAUGAGCUAACUCUCAAUUUGGUAAUUGACUGAGAGACAUUGAUUUGUUCCUUUAAACAUCUCCUGCUCAAAACUGGAGCUGUUCUGACUUUUCCGCCUAGUACUUUGUAGACCAGCUACGAUGUUUACAUGUAUAGAGAACAUGUGUAUUCUUCUGACCUUUGCCAUCGAUGCAGUAUCUCAUCCACAGUCAAGGAUACGAACCUAAAUUCCAGAUCUCGAGGAAGCAGGCUCUGAGCAAUAAUUCAUGUGCGUAGCCAUAUACUGAUCCUUGCUACUCCAGGUAAAAGCCAGAGACUGUCAGCAUUCAAACCCCUUAAGCCCUUAGACUCAGAUCCCCGGGCCCCAUACCGAGCCCACUCAAUCACAACUGGCAUUUCAACCAGAGCCCCUGGUGAUCUGUAUGCAGUCAACAUGGAGAAGGGCCGGCCUCACCACACUGCAUUGGUAAUCAAUAAUUCAGAAAUUCAGCUAUUUCUCUUGCAGGCCUCAGUUACCAAAUUGUUUGGUAAUGGACAGGUCUUACAUGAUUGUAAGGAUGAAGGUGCGUGCAUCUUAAAAUUUCAUUUGCUAUUGCACAGCCGAAAUGAUAGGCGUGGACUGUACUAUCAGUAGGGGUGGCCUUUCUUGAGUGUGAUGUGAAAAUCACUCAAGUCACAACGUCGAGCCCCCUCAGAGCCCCCUCUGAGCCUAUGAGAGUGGACGUUGGAGGACAAGGGGGAGCCAGGACAAGUCCCUGGAGAGAAGGCGCCUGGGCUUCUCCCAGUGCAGCAUUGGGCAUCUCUGGUCCCUUGUCCCUCCAUGAGGAAGGCAGCCUUCCCAGUGAGGACUCUCCUCCUAGGGACUAGAAAAAGAACUCAGUUCAGCCAUUCAGACACAGUCCGAAUCUCCUAAGGCUAUUCUCCUGUUCAUCGCAUCAGGCAAGGUGGGCGAGAAAAGAUGUGAGUUCUGAUAUUGGCACCCUAAAUUGAUAUGUACCCAGAAACAGUUAUAUUCUAAAUUAAUGGCUUUAACCUGUUCAUUGUAAAAAGUGCCUUGGACUUCAAUCUAAAAGAGGUCAGUAUAAAUAUGUAUGUGUGUGUGAUGUGUAUGUAGGCAAAUAUUUACAUAUUUAUACAUACAUAGGUGCACACACAUAUACCUGCACAUUCAUAUAUAAUAUAUACAUACAUAUAUAAAUGCUUCAUAAUAUAUUGCUAUUCACAGCUUCAUAUUUUGUUUCGUCCUAUGUUUAUUUGUUUAGUGAGAUCUUUACAUAGAAAGGUUCUAUUCAGGACAUGGAUGUAUUUUUUGUUUGUUUUUUACUUUUUAUUAAAAAGGUAAAGGAUA